ACAGACCCUCGAUCGCGCGGGAAGAAAACGAACUCCCGAACAAUCAAUAAUUUGAAGUAGAUCGUGAAUUCGAGACAUGGUGAAAAUAUUGGUGUCGAGUCCGUGAAGGAACAGAGCUACCGAUAAGAUGUGAUUUAAGAACUGAAAUGAAACCCAACUCGGCGAAAAUAAGAGAAGUUGAACGACGUUGUUCCUAAUGGGAGACCACAAUGGUGAGGCCAGUCAGCUCCAAGAGAAAACUUUUCAGUGCCAGCAAAGAACAGAAAGAAAAUGAGCCAGCCGAUGGCAAAUUAAGGGCCAAGCAAGGCGAGGCCCUGGGCUACCCGGAGAGCUUCAGUGUAAACAGCAUUGGAGGCCAGCGGAAAGGUGGGGUUGCCGCCAACAACCACCACAAUAACAACUCUAGCCUUGGGAUAGGAGGGUGCAGUGGCAACGUGGGGGGAGCUGGGAAAUUGCUUGAAGGGGGGUGGGGGGCUGAAGAUGUAGCACCUUCAACCCACCACACCCCCAACCGCCCGGUCAUGCCCAUGUCGGAACGGCAGCAAAUUGCCCUUCUCAUGCAAAUGUCAUCACCCUCACCUCCAGACAAAGUAGAACUGAGCCGUUCCAGCAGUCCUCGCACACCAGGUACCCCAAGUGUUUGCCGUGGUGUUAACAAGAGGAAUGAGCGCGGAGAGACACCCCUCCAUGUAGCUGCCAUCAAGGGGGAUACAGAGAGGAUCUCUCAGCUGAUUACUCAAGGUGCUGAUGUCAACGCCACCGACUAUGCUGGUUGGAGUGCAUUACAUGAGGCUUGCAAUCGAGGCUUCUACGGAGUGUCAAAGUUGUUGAUUGAAGCGGGGGCAGACGUAGAUGCCAAAGGACUUGACAACGACACUCCACUACACGAUGCAUGCGUCAACAAUCACUUUAAGCUGGUGCGCUUACUGUUAAGGUGCGGGGCUGGAGUAAAUGUGGUGAACCGUCGUGGCAAGACCCCCCGUGACGUGUGCCGUUCCCCAGGCAUUGUGGCGCUGAUCGAGGCAGCAGCACGCGGCCAGCUCCAGGACCUGGGAACAUCUUCAGGGGACGAGCUCACACCACAACAGAAAGGCAGUAGUUGUACAAGCAUGUCGAGGCGGACUUCCUUCCAGCUAAAAAUCGUAUGGAACCUUCUGAAAAUGGAUAAGUCAGGAGUCGGCGGGAACAGCAGUGCCAGCAGUGGUUUCCAUGACUGGGAGAGCAGUACAACUGAAUUGUUGAUCGAGAAGUCAUGCGCCGCGCUGGCCCCUAAGGUUUACCCCCUUCAUAUUUGUGCUUUUGAACUAAGCAUAGCCCUUGACUUGUAUAGCAAGAGUUCCAGCAACCGCCUGCCUUACUCCCUCCCGCCCCGGAUCGCCCUCACCAUCAGCUCUACUCAAUCCACUCCCACACCCUCUAUAAAGCUCACCUCACCACCAACCACCAACGAUCAACUCCCACUCCCGUCUCGAGCACCAGGCAUCCCUCACCGUCAGACCCCAGCUUCAUCCCCUCUCGACACCUACGUACCCCUCUCAGCAAAGAAUUGGCUGCAGGAUUCUCUCCUGUCCCCACAGAUGGAGGACCAAGGGAAUUCCAACAGCAAUGGCAGCAGCACAGGGAGUGAGAAGGGAAGCGGAACAAGGAUAACACGGUCCCAGAGAGGUGGAGGAAGCAGUGGAGGUGGUGGAAACUCUAGCUCGGCUGAAGAGUCAACAACAGUUGUGUGUCCCACAGUGAAAGCGGAGGUGAAGGUGGAAGAGUCAACAAUCUCUUCCACUUCUCCUGAUGCUGUUCAUCCACGCAAGAGAAAAAUACGCAUGAAGGAGACGGAACCUGAGGCCCCACCAGUAUCACUUGUGGACCAGCCUAUAAGCAACUGUUAUGAGACCUUCUUGAAAAUUAGAAAGCAGAUUGAGCGAAGGAGAGAGAACCUGCGCCCAGUCCAGCCAAAACCUCCACAGGGGUUCAAGGACUACCUAAUGAACAGGUGCUCGUAUGUGCUAGCAGGGAAUGCUUCGUCAAGACUAUCUGUACCUGUGAUCUCCCCUCCAGCAUCCCUGUGCCAGUUACUGAAGGACCUUUUUAAUGAUCAGGAGAAGGAGCGGUAUAGGCUAAGAUUACAGCAUCUCAUAGAGAAAGAAAAACUAGUGUUAAGUGUUGAGCAGGAGAUUUUGCGUGUUCAUGGAAGAGCAAGAGCCUUAGCCAAUCAAGCCCUUCCGUUCUCCGUUUGUACGUUUUUGAAGGAUGAGGAGGUUAGUCUUUAUGUUUUUGUUAACUCAUUUCUGAUCCAAGAAAAGGAUGGUAAUGCUCGCUCUAGGUAUAAUGGCCGACUCUUUCUUUCAUGGCUACAAGAUGUUGAUGAUAAGUGGGAUAAAAUUAAGGAAAACAUGGUGCUGCGCCACCACAAUGAGGCGGAAUCACUCCAUGCCGUGCAGAAGAUGGACUGGGAGUGGAAGCUGAAGGAGCUGGGCGACCUGGACGCCAACACCAAACCGCAGAUAGACGACCUGCAUGUGCCCAUGGUCCACGUCUCAGAUGACUUUGACCUUCUCCCAGCCUGAGAGGUUGAGGUGGAUGAAUUUGAUGCAGUUCUUCUAAUUAUUAUUUUUGUCUACGUAAGGGGUGAUUUUGACGUCCCAAGGUGUGAGAGCUAUAAUUAGACUUCGUACUACGCUUCGUUGUGUAAUGCCUUGCCUGUUCACACCACCUCAACCCCUGCGACUACUUUCGCAGCCCAGAGUAGUGGCGGCUUGGCUUUUUUUUUUAGAUAUUUUGCACAUGAGGCAAAACAUGGAAGUGAUGAGGAGACAUUCUGUGGCUGUGAUAUUUUCUUAGUUAAACUUUUUGAACUUUCUGCUGGCUUGCAGAUAGGUCACUUAAAGAGAGGUAGAAGCCCUAAGCAUAUUUACCUUACUUUUCUUUCUUUUUUUUUUUCUUUUUUUUAAGAUAUAUCUUUAAUAGUGUUCAAAUUGUCUGUCACACUUCGUUGUCCUCUUCGAUAGAUCUUCCAAUUACUCCCCUGCAGAGGGAGUUUGUAUCAAGUCUGUGGACAGAGAAAUGGGUCUGAAUUUCUGUGAUAGAAUCUUUCUUUUCUUUCCUCUCUCGACUGUUUCUAUCUUGGUUUCCUGGGCCCAUUAGUAGCCAGGAGAAAUUGUCCCAAAUUAUGAAUACUUCUUAUGUAAUCUACAUAAGCUUCCACAGUGUUUAACGGUAAAUGUACCUUGCUGUUUGUACCUUUCGCAAGAAAAAUAUAAAAAUAAAAAUGUUAUGCAUGGAAUAUAAAUGUCAGAUAUCAUAUAUUUGUCAUGGAAGUGCACCAUUUUCUGUUCAAAAUGUAGAUGUAUUACAUUUCCCAUGUUCCCUAUUUUUGAGGGAGCUGUUAUUUCAUCUGUGUCAGAUUGCUGUUUGGGAAUAAUAGAACAACAUUACUAACCUCAGACAGUUCUUUUUGGUUCAGGCAACAAGAUUAUCACGUUGCCUGUAUUGUUUUCUUUCUUUCAAUAGUUCUGAUUAUGUCAUACACAACAUUAAAUGGAUUUGUGUGAUCUGUCGGCAUUUGGUGUGAUGUUAGGAUUGAUAUGUAACAUGUCAUGUAUGAAGCCUGUCUGUUACCUAAAAGACUAACUUGCUCAAUUUAUUCUUUAAAUGAGAUUAACUCUUAUUCCAUUAAAAAGGGACUUAUUAUUUAAAACUAAACUUUGUGAAAUAUGGAGAUUGUAUAAUGUCAUAUAUGGUGAAGAGUAAGAAAUUAUAUUGUGAUACAUGUAAUAAUUGUUUGGUGUGUUGAUAAUGGAAGUAUGAGAAACAAAUUCAGUCACCCAAUAAUUAUACAAAUUUUAA